CUCUCACUCCACUCGUCGUCUCCGUGGUUUUCGCCAGCAGCGCUCGCGUGCGCCGUUACCAAGACAAUCACGGAUUACGAAGCUUAUCGUUCCGUACGCGCGUCUCCAGUUACCGGAGUCUCGGGAAUGUCGAAUCCCAGGAAGGACUUUGACGUUAAACAGAUCUUGCGUAUCCGAUGGAGAUGGUUCGGCCACCCAACAUCUCCUCCCCCCGGCAAUCAGCCUUCGGGAGAUCUGUUCAGUGGCAGCCGGGUGACGGGAGGCACAUCAACCGGCGGUGACCAGCCCACCCUCGGCGGCUGCGGUAGCUCCAGUCCCGCCGCCGGUGCCAGCUCGAGUAACGGUAACUCUUCUUCCAACAUCAACAACAAUCGAAAGUUUGGGGAAUCGGUUUCGAACAACGGGCUGUCAACUGUGGUGGUGCUAGGCGCCUCCGCGUGCCCUCGGUCCAUGAGCCAGCAGGAGUGCCGGAGCCCCUCGCCGGGGCCGUGGGUCUUUCCUGCUCACUCCCGCUCCAGCGAGAGCCUGGAGCCGCUUCAGCAGCAGCGGGAGCCGCCGUCCACGCGUGUUCCAGAAGCUCCUGGCCCGGGAGACGACGAAAACAAUAACCACAACGUGGACUCUGACACCAGCUCCUGCAGGACAUCCAACAGCACUGUGACGAUAUCCUCAUGUGCAUCGAUGGAGCCGUGUGUAUCAGAUGAACACUUCCAGGCACACAGUCACGCCGAACACACCUUCAGACGCAUGGAGGCAUACCUGCGCACCAGGAAGCUGUGUGACGUCGUUCUUCUCGCUGGGGACCGCAGAAUACCAGCACACAGACUUGUUCUCUCAUCAGUGUCCGAUUAUUUUGCGGCCAUGUUCACCAGUGAUGUCCGAGAGGCAAAACAAGAGGAGGUCAAAAUGGAGGGUGUGGACCCGGAUGCAUUAUGGGUCUUGGUACAGUAUGCAUACACAGGGUGUUUGGAGUUAAGAGAGGACACUAUAGAGAGUUUGCUGUCUGCGUCAUGUCUUCUGCAGCUGUCUGCAGUGGUUCAGGCCUGCUGCAGUUACCUAAUGAAACAGCUCCAUCCCUCCAACUGUCUGGGCAUUCGCUCCUUCGCAGACGCCCAGGGCUGUCUGGAUCUCCAUAAGGUUGCACAUAACUACACUAUGGAGCACUUUAUGGAGGUCAUGAGACAUCAGGAGUUUCUCCUCCUGCCUGCGAGUGAGGUGGAAAAGUUGUUAGCCUCCGAUGACAUGAACGUUCCAGAAGAGGAAACUGUGGUAGCGGCACUGCUCAGUUGGGUCCAUCAUGACGCGUCCACCCGUCAAUCACACCUGCCUGCUCUCCUCGCUCAUAUCCGCCUUCCCCUGCUUAAACCUCAGUUUUUAGCAGAUAUGGAGGCGAACCCAUUGCUGAGGGACAGCGUGGAGUGUCAGCGGCUGGUAAUGGAGGCCAUGAAGUAUCAUUUGCUGCCAGAGAGACGGCCCCUCCUUCAGAGCCCAAGGACACGCCCACGCAAGGCCACCGUGGGGGCGCUAUUCGCUGUUGGUGGCAUGGACGCCACGAAAGGAGCCACCAGUAUUGAGCAGUACUGUUUACGGAGGGACACGUGGCGGCAGGUUGCCGUCAUGAGCGGGAGGCGGCUACAAUUCGGUGUCGCGGUUCUGGACGACCGCUUGUAUGUGGUGGGGGGACGAGAUGGCCUGAAGACCCUCAACACGGUGGAGUGUUACAACCCCCGCAGCAAGAGCUGGAGCGUCAUGCCACCCAUGUCCACUCACAGACACGGUCUUGGUGUCGCAGUGUUAGAAGGUCCUCUGUAUGCAGUGGGAGGUCAUGAUGGUUGGAGUUACCUGAGCACCGUAGAGCGCUGGGACCCUCAAGCUCGCCAGUGGAGUUUUGUUGCGUCCAUGGCAACGCCCCGGAGCACUGUUGGAGUUGCGGUUUUAAACAGCAAACUGUAUGCAGUUGGCGGCAGGGACGGAAGCUCAUGUCUGAAGUCAGUAGAGUGUUUCGAUCCCCACACCAAUAAAUGGAGCAGCUGCGCGCCCAUGUCCAAACGCAGAGGUGGUGUUGGAGUAGCAACAUGGAAUGGCUUCCUGUAUGCCAUCGGUGGCCAUGACGCACCAGCUUCAAGUUUAGCAUCUCGACUGUCAGACUGCGUCGAAAGAUACGACCCAAAGACAGACAUGUGGACAGCGGUAGCUCCCAUGAGCCUCAGCAGAGACGCAGUGGGAGUGUGUCUUCUAGGAGACCGUCUGUAUGCUGUGGGUGGCUAUGACGGCCAGGUUUACCUAAAUACCGUAGAGGCUUACGACCCACAAACUAAUGAGUGGACACAGGUAGCGCCGUUGUGUUUAGGUCGAGCUGGAGCUUGUGUGGUCGCGGUGAAGCUUUAAAAUUCUGUCACUUAUCUCCAUGGCGACCAUCCUAGUGCACAAACCUACAGUGGUCCUGAUGCAGUGGAUCUAAGCAUCUGAUAACAAGGAAAGAAUGAAAAACACAGACUAUCAAACACAGCAGAAUCCAUCAAAUUUGGACGCCUGUUAUGCCUUUUAGUAUGUAUUUGUCUAUUGCAAGCAGUGUGCUUUUGCAAAAUGUUAAUCAGUUUGUCUCUUUUCUUCUAUAUCUAAACAUUCUUAAAACAAGAUGCAUUUACUUGCGAAGCUUAGUUGCGUAAUAUAAUUAGACUUGUUUUUAGAUCUUAUGCAUUACAUUUAUUUUUGUAUCCCUUUAACAAAUAGCUUAUUCUUUUAAAAAACAUAUAAAUAUAGUAGUUUAUGCUUAAAACAACUUUCGCCAAUGGGGAUAACAAACCUGUAUCUUGUUUAAAAGAUGUUUAGAUUUUUUAGAGAAACGACAAAAUAUGAUUAUAAUGAAACUUACGUUUUGCAUUGUUCAUUACUAUGCACAUCAAAAACUACACUUUUAACAUUAUCGAAUCAUAUUCAUCUGUUCAUCUUUUCUUCUCUCAUCCCUGCAUCUGUUCUCCUCUGUCCUCACAUAUUCUCGUGAUGAUGGAACUGUGAGUAUUAGUAAGAAUAAGAGUGUGCCCUCAGGGGACACAGCGGAAAUGGUAAAACAAAUAAUGUGGAGUCAAUUUAUACUCUUAACUGGAACAUGCAGAGACAAAUGUUCUCUAAAAAUCAUCUGUCAUCCAAAAACAGACUGAGUGCAGUCAAGAUUCUCAACAGAAGGAGUGUGAUGAGGAGAGAGAACCAGAAAAAAGUGUGCGUGUGUCUGUAUGUCCUUCCAUUUGAAUAGAAAGGUUACAUUCCUCAUAGGAAGUUUCUUCAAUUCAUAUUAAUUUAAUAUUUUAUAUAUAGACUGACCAAUUCAAUGAGAUAAAAGAGAUAAUAAAAAGAGGAACAUCUGAUUUUGAGAAAGUUCUGCGGUUGUACUGGGGUUCAGUUGCAGUAUGAAAUUGUUCUUGCAGGUACUUUGAUUGUACUUGGUGUUGCCAGGUCUUGUUAAAUGUAGCAAUUUUGUGUUGUUUUUUUCCCAUUUUUCCUACAUACUUAAAAGAGUAAAUAAAGCAGGAAGCUGCAGGUAAAAAGUAAAAUAUUUGUACUUUACAACAUUUUUUUUAAUUAUUUGUCAAAUUGGUGCUUCUUUUGUUUUAGAAUCUGGCAACGCUGACUGCACUCUGCAUUGUUAAAAAAUCAUAAACCAUGGUAUUUGUAAGGCUCCGAGGUACUUUGGAAUACUUUAGUACGGGACUUGUCCAAAAUACCUUGGACUAUUUCUUUCUUCUUUUUAAGUAAUGAAAAAGAAACGGAUAGGAAGAAAGACAAGAGAUGGAUGCACUUCCACAUUGUCAGUCCAUUGCAAGCGCGCAUGGCAUGUCUUCGGUUUAUAUUUAAUUAAUUUGCCCGAAGACAGUCGUACUAUUGCACGUCAGCAAUAUCACAUGUGAAUAUGAUAAUUAUACCUACAAGCGAGGAACACAAGCUUCUUUAUACUGCUUGAUUAUUCCCCAACAAGCUUUAAGCUCAACGAUCAUAAUGAGGUCUAAUGCAUAUUCAGAUUCUCUGAAUCAUUGUUUCUACUUUAAUGAAGCGGAGGAAGUAAACUGCACAAACUGAGAUGCUGUUUCUAUACCAGUUCCUCUCUUCUGUGUCAAGAGAUUCCUCCAUGUUUGGCAAAAGAGCAUUGUAAAUAAUGGUUAUUGUGGGAGGUUUCCUAAUGCCUCAUUCUAUGUUAUAUUCAUAUUAUUUCUAUUUUUGAACCAUGAUUCAUCUCUGAAAUAGCAGGAUUCUGGGCCAGUGUCCGUUUCAUGGAAAUAAAAUCUGCCAGGGAGCAGAAAAAGGCAACAGAGGCCAGAUUACUAAGGUUUAGAUGCAUAUCUCCUUCAGUGAUAAACAAAUCUGUAUGGAAAAAUACACAGUGCUUAAACAGCAAGUCUCAAUAGAAUGAGACAAGAAAAUUAUGGGUCGGUGGUAAAAAUUUGUUCACUCUUGAAUAUUAUUUUACAAAAUGAUAACCUGAAGGUUAUUCAUUUACCUCUACCUUCACUAUUUCUUAAACCAUUGACAAAAAGGUUCUUGUUGUAAGCAUAAAUCUAUCAAAUUGUUGUGAGCUAUAAUAUGCUUCUAAGAAAAAUUGGACCAACAUGGCAAGACCUAUUUAUUCUUCUUAAACUGUAUAGUGCUUUUAUGUUAUAUUGUGGGAUAAAAUGUUUUGUGUGCAGGUGUAAAAUCUAAGAAUUCAAAAGCAGACCGAGUUUCAAACAAACCCAUUUCAUGGUUUCAGUGCACACAUUCAUAUUGCAAGGCUGAAACAUCCCUUCUCCCCAUUCAGUGUGUCAAAUUUUUCCUCUUUCUCUCCUUAUUCUUUUCAUUUAUUUUUUGCUAUGUUAUAACAUAUGACACAUGUAUGGAUACAUACCCUUUUACUGAAUAAGCUGAGCUGUAACACAACAUUUUCUGAAUUCAACUUGUGUUAAUGUCAUUUCAUGCUGUUCUGCCUUAUUCAAUUUUGACUUCAAGCUUGUGUAGUCAAGUUAUGAUAUUUUAUGCAAUGUGAGAUAAGUUUACAUGAAAGUUUUGUGUACGACAUUUCAAUCCUUCCAAAGGAAGGAUUCUACUGGUUUGGUUUGUUGGGUGACCAAACAUUGCAAGGAAAAUUAUAACCAGUAUAUCCAGGUUACACCUGUAAAUGUCAGAUUCUGUUACUUUUAUAUUGAUUAUAGUGUCAUGGUUCUUUUGUUUACACACGGUUUUAAAAUUGUUUACGGGUCAUUAAAUAUUUGUAAAUAUCAUAUUUACCCUGUGCAUGUACUUGUUCAGGUUUAAUACUUUAAUUUUUUUAAGGGGUUGAAAUCCAAAGCAGGCCAAACCUUAGAGGAGUGUUUGUCUGAAUGGUCACAUAUAGCGUAUUCUUAAUUGGUACUAGGUUCAGCAAAUUACGCUAAUCAUAAACACAUAGCCCAGCUGUCUGGAAAUGCUGAAAAAUAUAUCAGCACCAGCCAAAUGUAUUAUUCUGUAUGUAUAUGUAAUCUGUGUAUAGUGCAAUGUACAGCAAACACUUAUCAUUACAACGUCAAAUUGAACCUAAAGUGUAAAACAUUUGUAAAAAUCCAUUGUGCAGAAUUAGGAGGCUUGCUUUCAAUUAUAUAUACCUUCGGGGAUACACAUAUGAUUAGAAUAUUAAAAUAUUCAUGAGGCAGUAUUAUAUCUGAAUGUUACAAGUGUGACAUCUUGAGUAUUCAUUCAAUAUGCUACGUUUUUUAUGUCAUCUUUUGUAAAUACAGAGAGCUCAGUUUAAGGAAUGAAGGUAUUUCACUUUAAUGUUAUGCAUAUUGUUGCAUAUUGUUAUGUAUAUGUUGUAUAUCUUUAUAGAUGCAUCCCUCACUUGUGCACAUAGCCGCCUGAAUUAUGAAACAAAAAGUAUUUUUUGUGUAAUAUAAAUCGCUGUGGAUGAAAUUGUUUGUCUUAUACAUUCCAGUUGUUUGAUUUAUGAAUAUUUUUGUUUAAUAAACCGUAAAAGACCAAGACCUUGUUCAGAAAACCAA